CAAGACAUCGUGAGAUAUUGGAGCAUUGGACCAUUCGAAAUUUGGCCGCAUUGGACUUUCAAUCCUUCAUCUUACUCAGAAUUGGCCUUCUGUGAAUGACUGCCAAGGAGCAUACGAGUUUGUUCCCAACUUUGACAACGCAACAGCGAACCAGCCACAUCUCCCUGAACUGCAACGUAGCUUCGACCUCCAUGCCUCGAUCACGAACACUGCCUUUCUUAUAGUAGAGAGCUUGUGAGAAGGCGACGCGAUGUUACGGGUGCUAGAAUCCCAGGCUCCGCCGAAACAAACGGCAACUGAUACCAUCAACACGCUUAGCGGUCGCUUACUCUCCGCCACUUUGUUAGAGGACCGCCGAGCAGCUAUCCUGGGCCUCCGAAGCUUUGCCAAAGAGUAUCCUGCGUCUGUAGCAUCUGGAGCAUUACGGGGCUUGAUUAGCAGCCUGACGAAAGAUGCCGAAGAUGUUGAUACCCUAAAGAUUGUUCUGGAGACAUUGCUCAUGCUCUUCAGACCCAAUCAUGACUCUCCAGAAGCCUCGGAUGACAUAACCCUCUGGCUCGCUGAUGAGUUUACUCAACGGCAAGAUAACAUCACCCUCCUCCUCGACUUCCUUGAAACCAGCGACUUCUAUUCACGACUAUACUCGAUACAAUUAAUAUCGGCAAUACAAGAAGCAAGACUGGAAAGAACGCAAGAAUGCAUUUUGUCGGCUCCAUUAGGGACCACCCGGCUGGCAUCCAUGUUGAAAGACCCCCGAGAUGCUGUCAGAAACGCCAGCAUUCUAUUACUCACCGACCUUACCACAUCCUCAAACGAGCUCCAGAAGCUUGUCGCUUUUGAAGGGGCGUUUGAGCAACUAUUCGCCCUCAUUGACGAGGAAGGCGCUCUCAAUCACGGCGGGAUUGUUGUCCAAGACUGCCUGUCCUUGCUCGCGAACCUUCUACGACACAAUUCGUCCAACCAAUCACUCUUCCGCGAAACCGGCUGCAUAUCGAAGCUCGGUCAUCUAUUGCCUGAAGGCCCAUUGAGAACACAGAAACGUGCUCCGCAGCCGGACGAGGAGGAGGAGGAGGAUGAUGAUGCGUUUCCGAAUCCACAGCGGGAUAAGAAUAUCUGGGGAAUUCUCGCGGUUCUGCGUAUGUUCCUUGUCAAGGGAAGCUUAGGCACGCAGCAAAAUCAGAACGCUUUCUUCAAGAACGGAUUGCUGCAGCAAGUUCUGAAUCUUGCCUUCAAAGAAUCAACUCUUCCUCGAAUUAGAGCGGAGGCCCUCAGUACGUGCGCCGACAUGAUCUGGGGUAAUGCCCCCCUGCAGGAACAUUUCGCGCAAUUGCUUGUCACCCCGUUCAUCUCGUUCGACUCAUCGCCUGAUACUCGAAUUGCAUCACCGGCCGACAGUCUCAGAGCCCCUAAUGGUACGUCCAGGACGCAGACUCCGAACGGCCAGCCAAGAAAGACAAGUCCGCAACCGAUCCAGCAAGUCUACGUCAUUGAAGCACUCCUUGAUCUCACUCUCCGUGUCUCCACGACGACUCUAUUCGACGUCCGAUUUGCCGCGGCGGAAUGCAUCAAAGCAUACUUCUCUCAGCAUACGCAAAUCAAAAUGCACUUUCUCAACCGUGCAAUCGAUGGCUACAGUAGCGGCGAGGACGAGACCGCAAACGUGGUCUCAAUCCUCAUGCAGAGAGAAAGCCUGGGCUCUUCGGGGACCGUACGGACGCACAUAGAUCCUUAUCGGCAGUGGUUUGCCGCGGUGCUUCUCUUUCACCUCAUCCAAGACGACCCAGACGCAAAAGCGCUGUUACAGAGUGUGAAGUAUGGCAAUAGCGAAGAGGGCGAGGAAGAAGUCACGUUCAUCCAAGAAAUUUCGGGACAGCUGAUAUACGACGUGCAGCAAAAUGCUGGUGCGGGAGCUUCACGGGAAAUCAUGGGCUACCUCAUGCUGCUUUGCGGCUUGCUUUUCGAGGAUGGUGUCGGCGUGAACGACUUCUUGAGCGAGGGCAGCACUCUCCAGAUACUCAUGGCCUACACUUCACGGGCGCUGGGCGGUACCGCGACUGGCGGUUUUGAUGAGCACACACUCUUACGUGGAAUGUGUGCUGUAUUACUAGGCAUCGUGUAUGAGUUCUCCACCAAAGACUCUCCGUUGCCUAGAAGAAAGCUUCAGUCGGUGUUACUGUCAGGCCUUGGGCGGGAGAAAUUUCUGGAUGCUCUCAACCAGCUGCGCCAGCAUCCGCUGCUCAGAGAUUUCGAAGUGUUGCCUCAAAGUUUGGGUUCGGUCCCUCCAAAUUCAGGUACCCAACCUGAAGUAUUUUUCGACAGCGCUUUCGUCGAGUUUUUGAAGGAUACUUUUAUCCGAAUCACCAAGGCGAUUGACCGUGAUCCUGGCAUGGAAGUCCAAGUCACGCAUAUCGAAGGCGUUGAUCGCGAUAUCCUCGACUCUCUCAGGUCCCAACUCGAAGACAAAGCAGACGCUCUCCAGAAGUCGGAAGAUCGCGUGCUGGAUCUCGAACGAAAGCUCGACCAAGAAAUUGCCGGGCGAAGAAAAGAAAGCGAGACCGCAUCCACCGAAGUCACCCGAGUCAAGAACAUCAACGAAGCCCUCCAAACAAACCAUGAAUCCGAACUCGACCACCUCACCACCGACUACGAACAGCGUAUCUCCACUCUGGAAUCCCAACUCGCCGCCCAAAAGCACGAUCUCGAAAACCAGAUGCUCCACCUCCAGAAGAACGCCUCCGAUGAGGCCGCUCGCGCCAAAGCCACCACCGACCGCGAACUCGACGCGCUCCGCCGCACGAACGCCGAGCUGGAGCAACGCGCCAAGGAAGCGGAGUGGAACAGCCAGCAGAUCAGCAAAGCCGUGUCCGAGCUCUCCGCUGCCGCGAACAAGACGCGCGAUAACCUCACUGCAGCGAGACAUAGCCUGGAGCGGACUGAGCGGACACUGAAAACCCGCGAGACGGAGUUGGCGGAGGUGAAACGGGAGUUCGACGAGCUGAAGGAGACGAGCGCAAAGGAUGUAGAUGCGAUGCAGACGGUACAGGCGGAGUUGGACGAUCAGCGGGCCGCGAAGGAGGACGUGGAAGGGAAAGUGAAGACGUUGGAAGCGGAGGUGGAGGAGACGGAGCAGAAGCGGAAGGAGGCGCAAACGGAGUUGGAUGAUUUGUUGAUGAUCUUGGCGGAUCUGGAGGAGAAGAGGGCAAGUGACAAGAAGCGAUUAAAGGAACUUGGUGAGGAGGUCUCAGAUGCGGAGGAUAAUGAGGACGAUGAGGAUGAGAACGAAGUCGACUGAGGAGUCAUUGACGCUCUUCUCUCCAAGACGUCUAGCGUUUGCGAUCACUGCACAGCAGCAUGUCCCAUGUACGGCUCGGUGGAGGAUCUCCUGGAAUUAAAACGGAUUGCGCCAGCCAGAGUCUCCUCAUCAUGCACUGAAGGAUGGUCCUCAAGGGGUACUAGCAGCUGAGGGACCUAUUUCAUCACUUGUAGACGGCCUCAGCGAGGGUAUUUAAUUGAACCAGUUAUACAAGCAUCCAUUCUGGUUAGAUGGCUCAUUAGACUGCAAUAUCAAACCGUCCCG